CUCGAGUGUACACCAGUGGUCGACCUCUACGAUAUUUAUCGUUCGACGAAGUAAUUAACGGCAAAUUGGUGUAACUCGAGCAUAUUACGGUCUCGAGCGUCGUCGUGGUAAAGGUGUAACACACAACACACGUCGAUGGACAGAGAAGAAGAGAUAGGUAACGAAGAUUUUCAGUUGUGUUGAACUGGGCAAUGCUCGUAUUUUUUUCCAAUCGUGUGACAAUCGUGGAUAACGUCAAUAAGAAAAAUGGCAUCAGAACUCGGAAGUGGUCGUUUCAAAUCCACAUCGGACAUUCUAGAGGAACUGACGAUUCACGAGGAGAAAAUACAAGAAGAUUUUCACACGGAGAAUCGUUUCAGAACGUACACAUUCAAGGACCUUCGGGAGGAAAAGAGACACUUCACGAAGAACUCGGCUCGCGAACGGACAAAAUCGCAGAAUUUUCUGAAAAAAUGGAUCGCCUCGUUCGAACGGAAAAACGAGGCGUGCAAGGCGGAGGACGAGUUUUUCACGAAAUAUUAUAGAAGAAACGAUUAUUCGAAUCCGAACUCGGAUUAUUCGUUCGACGCGAGAUCGCAGGAUCCACGUGAAAGGAGAGAAACCCAUGGAAACUGUCAAUUGUCUCUCACACGGACGAACAAAAGAUUCUUCCAGAAUCACUACAGAUAUGAAUGGGUGUCUGAUAACAAGUUAAUCGUUUCGAAUAAUGAAAAAAUCAAACAAUUUUCGAUCGAGAAUGGCAAGAAUAAUAAUGAAGAACACCUGAAUACGAAAUCAGAGAUCCACGAGAGAACCCAUAGAUAUUCAAAUUGUACGCGAUCACACCGACUAAAUUCGCAAUAUAUAUUCAGUGUUAAUAGUGAUACAAAAACCAAGAAAUUUUCUAAGGUCUCUUCUCUCGAGUCGAAUCGACCUCGUGAUCAGUUGUACAACUGUGUCGACUUAGUUAAUUCGCGUCGUUUGAGAAACAGUACGAACGACCUCAACCGAGAUACGUUGGAGCGAAUAUUCACGAAUUCGAAGGAGGAAGACUCACAGAAAUUGAUGAACGAAAGUUCCAAAAAGAAACCCGGUCGGAAACGGUCGUUCAAGAAUAUCUUGGGUUCCAUGAUUAAAUGGAAGAGAUCGAACAAAAAAGAGAAACCUCGACAUUUCAUGUCCUGCGAUCAUCUGACGGAUGAGACAACAUUCGACACGAAGAACGUUAUAUCGAGAACUUCUUCUUUGUGGGGUGUCGUGUUGGAGGUUUGCGAAGAGGAAGCCUUAAUGCAGAGUGAAAAACAGAAGGCAACGAUUCGCCCUGUCUACAGAGGGAAAAGAAACGAGCAACUGUUGGAGGUUUUCGCGAGGAAUAAAGAGAACCGGAAAUUUUUCGCGAUGAACAGAAGCAUAGAGAAUCUCGUGAGGCCUCCCGCAAUUAAGGACAUAGCGAAACACCUUUCACAACUUCCGGAGAACGCGUGGGCCAAUGGAAGAAAGAUUGCUCGUUAAGAGUGACUGGUUAAUAAAAAGAAAAAGAACAGUAUCGGACGAACGUUGUUAUUACUGACAGAGAGUAGGUAUUUCAAUCUUAACAAAGUACCGAGAGACACUAAAUAUUUUACGUAAAAGGAUACAUAUACUUAUUAAGUUCAAACGUGACUCUGCAUAGGAGUACUAGUAGAUUCAAUUUACGAAAAAUAAGUGUCUACCUUCAGUGUCAUUUACAGUAUUGUAUUAUUAUUAAAAGAAAAUAGUGGAUUGUAUAUUUGAAAUUUUUUAUACGUUUAUUUUACGAAUACCCAGAGCAUAGUCCGCGAAAUUAUAAGAAAUGGUUGCAAACAGUUCAAGGAGACGAUGAAAAGGCAAGAAGCGCGGAGCAAUGAAAAAUAUAUUUUUAAGGCAAUAAAUAAAACAUGAACCUAU